GUCGACUAAGCCGAAUCGUAGCAAUAACAAGAACGCCGCAAGCUUUCCCGAUAGCGACAAAGCGAAAUUAUGGCUGAAACAGUCGCCGACGACGAGAAACAGAUGCGGAGCCGGCAACCCAGCCAGGACGAAGGGUCGAGACUGCUAGGCGAACCGGCCGAGGAUGGCUUCUGUCAGCGCAUCAAGCCCAAAGUGAGCCUUUGCCUGGGCACUACGGCCGUCCUGUCAUUUAUGGUGUUUCUGUUUCUCGUGCCGUUCGUCGUCGACCCGGCGGUGUCCCGACUGAUUGCCCGAUACGCACCCGAGCCCGGCACAUGCGCACUACAUGAGCACGUGUUCGCCGCGGGCAUGAGCAAGUGUACGUGGUCAUCGUGCCGGGAGGGCUGCACGUCGGCUACUACGCGGUGCCAUCAGAUCACUGUCAAUUAUUCGCUGACGCCGUACCAACAAUACCAACAGAACCGCAUGUCUCCCGAGUCGCUGGAAUGGGCGGGCACGGUGGUCCGAUUCUUGGUGAACACAGAAGGCUGUGGUUAUCCGCCGUUCGUUAACUGCACCACGUUCGCUCUGAAAUACGGUCACAUCAAUCCGGAGGAUAUUCCCGAGAUCAACGAAAUCAAACAGCCGGUGACCCGAGAACUGUACAGACACGGUAAUGACACGUCACCCAGUCCAACUUCUUCGCCAAUGUUGUUGGAAGCCGCCUCUGACGACACACAGCAGACGACGGCGAUAGACAGGCGGGAGCGAGAAGUGGCCGAUACUUCGAAAGUCACAAUGAAAGUGUUUCCGUGCUACUACAGCCGUGCUUACCCGGACAGGGUGGUGGCUGACUACGACUGGCACCACACAAUCAAGACCUUAGUGGCCGCCGUGGUCAUACCCUGGACGCUGUUUGUCCUAUCGUGUACGGUGCUGUGUUACUGGUAUUGUCCGGCGCUCAAACGGGAGUUCAUGGUCGACAAAAGGAAGACGGCGGCGAUCAAAAACGAAAACCCGCAACUAGUGAUCAGAAGAAAAUUGUCCAAACGACCAUUCAGCACAGAUGAAGAAGAUGGCGAUUAUUGAUCAAUAUGCACACAUUUUCUAUUAAAUAAUGGCUUUUUUUCAGGCACAGAAACGAGUGCAAAAUUUUCAGUUCACUAAUUCGGUCUAACUAUGUUUAUACUUACAUUUGUAUUCGCUUAAACUUCACCCGAAUGUAAUUUAAAUAAUUGUGUAAGCCAAAAAUUAAUUUCUAUCUUAAAAAUAUUUUAUUUUACUUAAUAUGAAUUUAUAUUUGUUUACAAAGCCUACAAAAGCGAAUCGCUUUAAUUCUGAAUAUAUUAUUUUUAUACAUGUAAAUUUCACUUUUGA